UCGUUUCUUUCAAUUUCCCGGACAAAAACUUUUUCGAGAUUCAUGGGCGCAGACAUGUUGUAAGGGAGAUCACUCUUCAAAUACUUUUUAAUCUCGAACUUUCAAACGCUUGACAACAUUGACAUGUCAACUGGCUGGCAAAGGAUGUUUGAACAAUGGAGUAAUGAUUUAGUAGGGAGACAGGCAUUGAGAAAGAGCAGUAUAGCUGUUACAGUAAAAAUGCAUCAAAGUGCUGAUACUAAUGUAAAAGGUAUCAUUUACAAUACAUAUACCACAAGUUCGGUGACUUCUUUAAGUUCUAUGAGUCCUUUAAAGAGGAGUAAAAGAAAAAGUUCUAGUCCAAAUAGCUAUGCAAAGAAAAUUACAGAUGAAGAAGAAACCCUUCCAAAGAAAUAUAGCCCAAAGAGAUCUCCUCAAAGAAAAAAAAUAGGCAAAAGUAUGACUGAAAUAAGCCAAAAGAUCAAUCCUGCUGACAGAAAAUCAAAAGAUAAAAGUGAACAAGAGAUGGAAAGAAAAAGGGACAAAAAUUCAGUUCUUGUGAAGACAGUCCGCGGUAAGAAUGUCAAGAAGAAAAAGACCCUUUCAAGCAGUUCUGUUUCUUCUAGGGCAUACUGCAGCGAGUGUAAUAUUACAUUUUCUUCUGAGUUUUACUAUGAUAAUCACAUGUACCACAAGCAUGGGGAUGACCUUGACUUUAGUACAGGAAGUAGUAUUAAGAAGCUCAAAACAUCUGAGAAGAAGUUGGAUGUUACAAAGCUAGAUUUCAACAAGAAGAGUUCACAAAAAUCAUCAAAGUUAGAUCGCAUAGUUUGUGGUGAGACUUUAUCAAGCAAUAAGAGCCUGGAUGAGCACAUGAAUAUUCUCAAUGAUGAACACUCUUUAGUCCGUGAGGAUUAUGGCUUAUUGUUUAGGGGCAAAGGAUCUUUGUUCAAGCAUGAACAGUCCCACACAGACGAAAACAUGUAUAUAUGUAAUGUGUGCCAGAAAGAGUUUAUGUGUAGAUCGUAUCUUAGAAACCAUAUGAGGGUACACGAUGAGCGAAAGUUUGUCUGCGAUUAUUGCUUCAAGUGUUUCAAACAAAAAGCACAUCUUCAGAAGCAUAUCAAAUGUAUACAUGACAAGGUCAAAGAUCACGUGUGUGCUAUAUGUAAUAAAGGCUUCUCAGUCCGAGGACAGUUAAUAUUACAUGAGAGGAAGCAUACAAAUGAACGUCCGUAUGUCUGUAAAAUUUGCAAAAAGGCAUUCAAAGAUGAUAGUUACUUUAAUCGGCACAUGAGAUAUCAUACAGGGGUGCGUCCUUACGCUUGCUUACACUGUGAGAAAACUUUUGUUCAAAUUAUUGAUAUGAAACGUCAUAGUGCCGUGCAUCAAGAAGAACUUCCAUUCAAGUGUGAGAUAUGCGAUCAUAGAUCAAAGCUAAAAAUAAACAUGACGGCUCAUAUGAAGCUGCAUUCUGGGGACGUAUACACAUGCGAUGCUUGUAAUCAAGAUUUUUCAAGUGCAAGUAAUCGAGACAGACAUUUUAAAACUCAACAUACCUUAAACAGUGGGUUACAGUCAUUGACUAAAAAGUAAUCAUAAGUUAAUGUGUACCUCGAAAGGUUUGUAAUUAGCAGUAAAGUGUUUAAAAGAAAAAGGAUGUUGAUUAGAAAAGAUUAUAUUGUGCCAUAAUUCUAUACAAAGUAUUCAGUUUCUAGUCUCAAGUUAUUACUACUAUCAUGCUUACUCUGUGCUUUUUGGUUUUUUUUUUAAAGGUUUCUUUAUUUUUUAAAGUUUAAUAUGGAAGUACAUAUAAACUUGUAUAUAUCCUUAUUACAUGUAUGUAGGAGAACAGCUAUACAAUAAACACUGAUAAAAAAGAGGUGCAAUAAUACGGCAAUAUACCGGUAUAUUUCGAUGCAGCAUCAGGCAAUGCAUACCAUGGUACAGAACUCUUGUACUGCAAUAUUUCAUGUUAUAUUUCUCUCUGUCAGAUUAAAAAAUAUGAGCCCCGUCACAAC